AGAAGAUCAAAUAAGAUUAAUGAAAUUUUACGUAUCAUUGAAAAUCGGCUAGAUUGAAGACUCUAUUAGUAAGUGUACAUUUAAUAAGAAAGUAGUGAAUUUUAAUUAAUACCAAAGUGUUACAGAAAUUGUUUUAUCAUUUCAGUAAUUUGAGCUUUCCUAACGAAUAAACAUUGAAACUGAUCAAGAAGUUUUAAUGUUUUUGUUUAAAAAAAACCUUAUAGUAAAAGUCUACAAUAACUAAGAGGAAAAGUCGGUGUACAUUUGAAUUCUGUAAAAUUCUUAAGAAAUUGAAGCUUCCAAAGGAAUAUCAUAGAAGAAAAUUAAAUUAACUAAGAAGCGAAACGAAUAAAAUGACCGACAUAAAUUCUCAAGUUGUGUCAUUUGCCAAUAGUUAUUUUACACUGGCAGAUGGACUUGCUACUGGAUUGGAAGAUUAUUUAGCCGACAAUGUUAUUCUCGUUUGGUUUGAUAAAACAAUCAAAGGCAAAAGGAGUGUAAAUACUUUCUUGAAUUACCAUAAAGUAAAUUCAAGGCAUAUUUUUAAUGAUAUCACGCCAACUGAUACUAUCGAUUACAAAAAACGUAAACCGAAUAGGAAACACAAUCGUUCUAGUGAUUCGAAUGAAUCAAAAAAUUCAAAUAGUUCCAGUGAAAACAUUGACAAUUCAAUGCACGCCACUGACAAUGAAGGGAAUCUUAUAAAGGAAGAAGGAACUUCUUAUGAACUUAGUUAUGGUGAUCUUAAUGAACUUUUUAAAUUAGAUAUCGCACCAACAAUUGCUUCGGAAAUAGAAGACAGUAUUGAAAAAAUUAAACAACUGAAAGUAGAAGAAAAUAUGAAUGCAACGGAGGAACAUGGACUGAGCAAUAGAUUUGCAAAAGCGAUUCAAGUCGAGGGAAUCAAAUUUCUUCGAGCAAAUGGAGAACUUCGUUUGUGGAAGAAACGCAAAGGUGGAAAUGUUUAUGAUUCAGUAGCAACAUCAGCCAGUGUUUGGAGGAGAUCAUGCAAUCUGCAAAUUGCCUAUUCUCUUAUAAAAUCUAAAGCUCAAGUCCCCAAUAUUAAUGUGAAGAACAACACCAAGUCAUCUGGGUUCAAGUUCCAAAACAGUGGGCUACUGAGUUUUGAGGAGAUAAGUGAGUUAAGCAAUCAUUUAGUACCAAAUGUGAAUGAUUUUGGGGGUUAUUUGCGUAAUACUAACUUUCGUGAGGAUAGAGAUAAUUUCUUGAAAAGUUUCGGCGAAGAAAUAGCAAAAACUGAAUCGGAGCAUCAUCACUAUAUUCCCGAAUAUGUGGGCAACAAGCUUGUCUUUCGUAAAACAAAUAUUACCGAUUGUGAGGAAUCAAAUGACUUUGUUUUCAAUUAUCAGAUCCAUAUGAUUAUUUACAAGGGUGAACGUAUUAAAAAACAAAAUUCAUCUAAAGAUUCUGUUAAAGAAACCAUUGAAGAGCCCAUUGAAGAAUCAGUUGAAAUGGUUGAAGAUUUAGUUAAAAUGGAAUGAAUUUUUUUUCAUGCAUUUUUUUGUUAAUUUUUUACAUUUUAUUAUUAUUAUUAUUAAAUAUUUACAACGGCUGGAUCCGUUGAGAAUUGUUUUUUUUUGUUUUCGAAUUAUUUAAUUUGUUGCUCGAUAAAAAAUAUAUUUUUUAAAUUAGAAAACAGUAUUACUUACUUAUUUCUGCUGGGGCUGGAAAAUCUUCUAUGAGAUCAGAAUAAUUAAAUUUUCCUAAAGUAUUCAUUGUCCUCGCAAUCGGUAACGAUAUCUGAAAUAAGAAUGAAAAUGUCAGUUAUGUUAAUAAUAAUACAUUAUACAAAUAUUGAAUGCUCUCUAAGAGUUAAUUAAGUUAGUUUAAUUAAACAAACACGAAAAUAAAUUUAUUUGAAUUGUAUUAAUAAAUUGAAAAUUCAAAUAUUUAA